UGUGGUCAUACUUUUUGUCUCACUUGCUUGUCAAAGACUGUACGUGAAAACAAACUAAGUUGUGCGCUAUGUCGAACUGUCACUGAAGUUAUCAAUGGUAAUGCUGCGACAUUGCCUGGCAAUCUUGCAUUUAGAUCAGUGGUAAAAGAGGUAGCAAGCCUAGAUGAAAGGUGUGAUGUUUGUGACACUAUGGGUAAACCAGAUCAAAUAAGAUACUGCCAGGAUUGCAAAAUCUUUAUGUGUUCUGAUUGCCUUGUAAAGCAUAAGGGGAAGACUGAAAAUUAUUACCAUUCGGUUUAUCAAACCAGAAGAUCUAAACGUAUUUCGCCUUUGAAUAUUGGAUAUAGAUCUUGCAUCAAACAUCAGCAACGAACUUGCGAGGGGAUAUGUGUUAAAUGCAAUAUAUAUGUUUGUAAAGAAUGUUCAGUAAUUCACGAAAAUGAAGGACAUGAAGUCCAAGACUUACUCCAGUAUGCAACUACUUUACAUGCUACGGCAACUCCACUAAAAAAUGACAUCAAAUUAAUAAGAAAAGUAUCAAAAUCCCGUGUCGAACAAUGCGAAUAUCACAAAGAUAAAACAGUCCGACACAUCGACUGGGUUAUGUCACAAAUUAAUGACGAAUAUCAGGCGUCCCUGAAAAAAAUAGAAGAGAAAAGAUUUUCAAAAAUAAAGGCUUGUUCAGAUCUCAAAGAAAAAAUGUGUAAACUGUCAGAGGACUUAAUCGAGCAAAGUAAAAAGUGCAAUUCUAUUCUGGAUCAAGUUAACUAUUCUAUUCAGGGUGUUUUAGAUUCUCCGUUUGGAGAUAUGCCUGAGCACAGUUUAACGCUGGAAUCUUCUCAGUCAAAAAUAAGCGAUAUGGUAGGGGAAAUAAAUCCAAUCGUGCCAAUUGCGUUCGAAGACGGAAAUAUGUUAAACUUUCGGAAGAAGAGCGAAUAUGAGGACUACGACGUGGUAGAACUUAUAAACUAUUGUUGGGUAAAAAAAUCAUUUCCAUUGACACAACCUGAAAAGGAAAUGGCCUGCAUGGACGUUGAUUCUGAGGGUAAUGUGGUUGUUGGGUAUUUUUAUGGCGGAAUUGAGGUUUUCCCAGUAGCAGGUUCUAAGGGAGUAAGUGUUGACUCUUUGAAGGAAGUACGUGUAAUGGCAAUGUCAUUCGGAAGCGAUGGAAAUCUUGUUGUUCGAAAUAUACACAAUGAAAUUUCUAUUUAUGGACGCACAUUUCAAAGGUGUGGUGCCACAUUUGAAACAAUAGACCACAUAAAGGGGGGAGAUGGAGACAUAGCCUUGGAUAAAAAUAAUGAUAUCUACGCAGGUUAUAGAAUCAUCAUGGGGAUUCACAUUUACAGAAAACGAGGUGGAAAAGCAUGGCGAGAAAUAAAGUGUGAUGGCUAUAUUCCUCAACAAAUCUUGGUAAUGUCAAACUUGGACAUUAUAGUUAUGAAUGCAAAAACUAUCAAGAUAAUUGACGUAUGUGGUACGCCUAAAUCAGAGAUAGUGCGUAAAGGUUUCCUCGGGUAUCCCGCCGUUGCGCGGGACGGAACAUUGAUCAUUGCUUGGGUGAAUACCAAAGGGAAAUCUGUUGAAUUAAUGAAGUACACACAAGACAUGAGGAAUAAGAAAACACUUCACUUAGACAAUACCAUAGAUCUCUCAGGAAGACCAUGGUACUACUGUAGGGUCAUUGAUGCUGAAAAAAUUGUCUUCUGCUGUCCCAAACAAGUGCAUAUUUUCAAUCUUCAUAUCAAGCCAUUCUACUCGUAAUCACAUGAAGAUCAUGGUAAUUUAGACAUACAAUGAGUGUUUAUUGAUGAAAAGAAUUAUGAUAUCCCAUGUCUCAGGUCAUAGUUCCCGGGUAUGUAAUUUUUAAGUGUGCAUAGUCCUAGUUGUUCUUUAAGCAAUGUUUUAAAAGUUUGACAAUUUGGAGGCUUUACAAUUCACUGUGUUUAUUUCAAUUCAAAUCAAUGUAUUUAUUUGUCCAAUGUACUUUCAACAUGGAUAUUUCUUCCGCUCAUACUGUACGUAAAAUUUAAGGCUCAGGCAUAUUUUAAAAAGAACAGAAAUAGGAUACAAAAAACGAAUACAUUUUGGUAAUCAUGAUA